GUUGUCAUCCUCCGAGCGACGGCCGGAGGCGGCCGCGUAGGCCCGGGCGGGGCGUUUGGUUUCGUUUCUGCACCGACUGGAAUUAGUGUCGACGGUCAAAAUGGGAGUCCCCAAGUUUUACCGAUGGAUCUCGGAGCGGUAUCCCUGCCUCAGCGAAGUGGUGAAGGAGCAUCAGAUUCCAGAAUUUGAUAACUUGUACCUGGAUAUGAAUGGAAUUAUACAUCAAUGUUCCCAUCCUAAUGAUGAUGAUGUUCACUUCAGAAUUUCAGAUGACAAAAUCUUUACUGACAUUUUUCACUACUUAGAGGUGUUGUUUCGAAUUAUUAAACCUAGGAAAGUGUUCUUUAUGGCUGUUGAUGGUGUGGCUCCUCGAGCAAAAAUGAACCAGCAGCGUGGGAGGCGUUUUAGGUCAGCCAAGGAGGCAGAAGACAAAAUUAAAAAAGCAAUAGAAAAGGGAGAAACGCUUCCUACAGAAGCCAGAUUUGAUUCUAACUGUAUUACGCCAGGGACUGAAUUCAUGGCCAGGUUGCAUGAACAUCUGAAGUAUUUUGUAAAUAUGAAAAUUUCCACUGACAAAUCAUGGCAAGGCGUUACCAUCUACUUCUCAGGCCAUGAGACUCCUGGAGAAGGAGAGCAUAAAAUCAUGGAAUUUAUCAGAUCCGAGAAAGCAAAGCCAGAUCAUGAUCCAAACACCAGACAUUGUCUUUAUGGCUUAGAUGCUGACUUGAUCAUGCUUGGAUUAACAAGUCACGAGGCACAUUUUUCUCUCUUAAGAGAAGAAGUUCGAUUUGGUGGAAAAAAAACACAAAGGGUAUGUGCACCAGAAGAAACGACGUUUCACCUCCUACACUUGUCUUUAAUGAGAGAGUAUAUUGAUUAUGAAUUUUCAGCAUUAAAAGAAAAGAUCACAUUUAAAUAUGAUAUUGAAAAAAUUAUAGAUGAUUGGAUUUUGAUGGGAUUUCUUGUUGGCAAUGAUUUUAUCCCUCAUCUACCUCAUUUACAUAUUAAUCAUGAUGCGCUGCCUCUUCUUUAUGGAACAUAUAUUGCCAUCCUGCCAGAACUUGGAGGUUAUAUUAAUGAAAGUGGGCAUCUCAACUUACCACGAUUUGAGAAAUACCUUGUGAAACUGUCAGAUUUUGAUCGAGAGCACUUCAGUGAAGUUUUUGUGGACCUCAAAUGGUUUGAAAGCAAAGUUGGUAACAAGUAUCUCAAUGAAGCAGCAGGUGUGGCAGCCGAAGAAGCCAAGAACUGCAAGGAAAAGAGAAAAUCAAAGGGCCAGGAAAAUUCCUUAAGUUGGGGUGCUUUAGACAAAAGUGAAGGUGAAGUAGUGGCUUCCAAAGAUAAUUUUGAAGAUGAGACAGAAGAUGAUGAUCUGUUUGAAACUGAAUUUAGACAAUAUAAAAGAACAUACUAUAUGACGAAGAUGGGGGUCGAUGUAGUAUCUGAUGAGUUUCUGGCUGAUCAAGCUGCUUGUUAUGUUCAAGCUAUACAAUGGAUCUUACACUAUUACUAUCAUGGAGUCCAAUCCUGGAGCUGGUAUUAUCCCUAUCAUUAUGCACCCUUCCUGUCUGACAUCCGCAACAUCAGUGCACUUACAAUCCGCUUUGAGCUGGGGAAACCCUUUAAGCCAUUCGAGCAGCUUCUUGCUGUCCUUCCGUCAGCCAGCAAGAAUUUGCUUCCUACGUGCUACCAGCAUUUGAUGACCAGCGAGGACUCACCAAUUAUAGAGUAUUAUCCACCUGAUUUUAAAACUGACCUAAAUGGGAAACAACAGGAAUGGGAAGCUGUGGUAUUAAUACCCUUCAUUGAUGAGAAGCGAUUGUUGGAAGCCAUGGAGACAUGUAAUCACUCCCUCAAAAAGGAAGAGAGGAAAAGAAACCAGCACAGUGAAUGUCUAAUGUGCUGGUAUGAUAGAGACACAGAGUUCACCUACUCCUCUCCAUGGCCAGAAAAGUUCCCUGCCAUAGAACGGUGCUGUACAAGGUAUAAAGUAAUAUCACUAGAUGCUUGGCGUGUAGACAUAAACAAGAACAGAAUAACCAAGGUUGACCAGAAGGCAUUAUAUUUCUGUGGAUUCCCUACUUUGAAACACAUCAAACAUAAAUUUUUUUUGAAGAAAAGUGGUGUUCAAGUAUUCCAGCAGAGUAGUCGUGGUGAGAACAUGAUGUUGGAAAUCUCAGUGAAUGCAGAAUCAGAUGAACUUAGUAUAGAAAACAUUGCCUCAUCGGUGCUGGGAAAGUCGGUGUUUGUUAACUGGCCCCAUCUGGAAGAAGCUAGAGUUGUGGCAGUAUCAGAUGGUGAAACCAAGUUUUACUUAGAAGAACCUCCAGGAACACAGAAGGUUUAUUUGGGGAAAACUGCUCCACCAACUAAAGUCAUCCAACUUGCAGAGAAAGAACAGUCGAACUGGACUAAAGAAAUACAAGGAAUUUCAGAACAAUACCUAAGAAGAAAGGGAAUAAUAAUAAAUGAAACAUCUGCUGUUGUGUAUGCUCAGUUGCUCACAGGUCGUAAAUAUCAAAUCAAUCAGAAUGGUGAAGUUCAUCUGGAAAAACAGUGGUCAAAACAAAUUCUUCCUUUUGUUUAUCAAACUAUUGUUAAGGACAUCCGAGCUUUUGACUCUCGUUUCUCCAAUAUCAAAACAUUGGAUGAUUUGUUUCCUCUGAGAAGUAUGGUCUUUAUGCUGGGAACUCCUUAUUAUGGCUGCACUGGAGAAGUUCAGGAUUCGGGUGAUGUGAUUACAGAAGGUAGGAUUCGUGUGGUUUUCAGCAUUCCAUGUGAACCAAAUCUUGAUGCUUUAAUACAGAACCAGCAUAAAUACUCUAUAAAGUACAACCCAGGAUAUGUGUUGGCCGGUCGCCUUGGAGUGAGUGGAUACCUUGUUUCAAGGUUUACAGGAAGUAUUUUUAUUGGAAGAGGAUCUAGGAGAAACCCUCAUGGAGACCAUAAAGCAAAUGUGGGUUUAAAUCUCAAAUUCAACAAGAAGAAUGAGGAAGUCCCUGGAUAUACGAAGAAAGUUGGGAGUGAGUGGAUGUACUCAUCGGCGGCGGAGCAGCUUCUCGCAGAGUACAUAGAGAGAGCACCGGAACUGUUUAGUUAUAUAGCCAAAAACAGCCAAGAAGAUGUGUUCUAUGAAGAUGACAUCUGGCCUGGAGAAAAUGAGAACGGUGCUGAAAAAGUUCAAGAAAUUAUGACUUGGCUCAAAGGACACCCUGUCAGUACUCUGUCCCGUUCUUCUUGUGACUUACACAUUCUGGAUGCAGCCAUUGUUGAAAAAAUUGAGGAAGAAAUUGAGAAGUGCAAGCAAAGAAAGAAUAAUAAGAAAGUACGAGUAACGGUGAAGCCCCAUCUGCUCUACAGACCAUUAGAGCAGCAACAUGGGGUCGUCCCUGAUCGGGAUGCUGAGUUCCGUCUGUUUGAUCGCGUUGUGAACGUCAGAGAGAACUUCUCAGUACCAGUUGGCCUCCGAGGCACCAUCAUUGGAAUUAAAGGGGCUAGUAGAGAAGCUGAUGUACUAUUUGAAGUAUUAUUUGAUGAGGAAUUUCCUGGAGGCUUAACAAUAAGGUGCUCACCAGGUAGGGGCUACCGACUGCCAACAAGUGCCUUGGUGAACCUUUCUCAUGGGAGUCGAUCUGAAACUGGAAAUCAGAAGUUGACAGCCAUUGUGAAACCACAACCAGCUGUGAAUUAUUGCAGCUCAAACUCGUCAGUUUCAUCUGGGCACCUGGGAGGACUCAAUCAUUCUCCUCAGUCACUUUUUGUCCCUACUCAAGUACCUACAAAAGGUGAUGAUGAAUUUUGCAACAUUUGGCAAUCUCUACAGGGAUCUGGAAAAAUUCAACACUUUCAGACAACGGUACAAGAAAAGGGUGCAGUUCUACAUCAAGAAAUAAGUCAAGUAACUCAACCACAUAAAUCUGACUUGAAUGACAACGGUGUCAAAUAUCAGCAAAGAAAACAUGACCCUCACCGGAAACUUAAAGAAGAAUAUAAGAGUCCUAAAGCUGAGUGUCAGACACAAAAACUGUCCAGUAAACAGACUUCUGGAGGAUCUGCCAAAUGUAAUAUUAAACUGUUGAAGAGAAAUGAAAGUCCAGGAUCCUCAGAAGCCCAGAACGUUGUGACUGGUUACCCAAAUGUUGUCGAUAAGCCUCACUCUGGAAUUGAGAACUUCUUAGCGUCUUUGAAUAUCUCUAAAGAAAGUGAUGUACAGUCACCUCACCAUGGAGAGCCCCCAGAUGAGGAGCAUCUAUCACCACAGUCGUUUGCUAUGAAAGGAACACGGAUGCUUAAAGAAAUUCUAAAGAUUGAUAGCCCUGACACAGCAGACAGUAAGAGUGAUGGGAAACAAUUUGAUAAAGAAGUCACUGCUUCUUCCAGUAGAAGAGAUGAGCAUGGACUGUUAGCACAUCCUGAACAAAAUAAGAAGCUGGCAUGCUUUAUGAACAAGCCUCAUGGUACUAGUGAAUACCAAAAUAUUCCAUCUGUGGAUAGUGUGUGUUGGCCUAGCCAUAUCCCUCCUGUAUCCACACCAGUAACUGAACUUGCUCGAAUUUGUUCCCUUGUUGGAAUGCCACAACCAGAUUUCUCCUUUCUGAGGACAACACAGACAAUGACAGUUUGUCAGGUGAAAUUGUCUAAUGGUUUACUGGUACAUGGGCCACAGUGCCACUCUGAAAGUGAAGCCAAGGAGAGAGCUGCACUUUUUGCUUUACAACAACUGGGCUUUGGUGUGAAUUAUCCUUUGCCUCCACCAAUAUUUCCAAAUUAUCCUCCUGCUGUACCAUCCGGAACUGUUCCUCCCAUUUUUCACCAACCUACUGCUAAUAUAAUGCCUUCGUCAUCUCAUCUCUUCGGCUCAGUGCCGUGGAGACCAGCAGUGCCGGUUGCUGGGAAGGUCUUCCAUCCUCCUCCACAUCCCGGGACCAUGCCCUUGGCUGGAGGAGUGCCAGGCGGAGUGCACAAUCAGUUCAUACCUCUGCAGGUUACAAAAAAAAGGGUUGCAAACAGAAAGAAUUUUGAGAAUAAGGAGGCCCAGAGUUCUCAAGCCACACCGCUUCAGACUAGCAAGCCAGGAUCUUCUGAAGCCACCAAAAUAAUUCCACAAGAAAGCCCAUCAGCCUCUUUGAAGUCCUCUCAAGCUGCUCAGCCUGUGUCUUCUCAAGUCGAAACUGCCUCCCAGGGCCAUGGUGUGUCCCACCAGAAAUCAGCCCCGAGCUCCUCGAGGAGGAAGUCAAGGAAACUGGCCGUCAACUUUAGUGUUCCCAAACCUUCUGAAUAAACUUCAUACCUGGGAACGAAUUUCUUUUCUUUCCAUCUACAUUUUUAUAAAUUGAUAUCUAUGUGUCAGAAAUGUACUAUUUUAGAAUAUGUUUAGAUUGAAUAUUUUCUAUUUUUAAGUUAUCAGGCACUUUUCAUGCUAUUUAAGACUAUAUAUCAAAUUGUGCACUUUAAAUAUGUGCAAUUUGUUGUACAUCAGUGAUACCUCAAUAAAGCUGUAAAAAAAAGAUCAAAUUAAAUCUUGUAUUAAAAUAAACAUCAAACUAGGCAUGGUAGUUCAUGCCUAUAACCCUCGUGCUUGAGAGGCUGGGACAGGAGGAUUGCCAUAUAAUCAAGGUUAGCCAGGGCUACAUAGUGAGUUCCUGGCCAGCCUGAGACCUUGCUUCAGAAACCAAAAACAUAAAGUAGAUAUCAGUGGGUUAAAUGUUAAAAUGUACACUCUAACCAUUGGCUUCCUCGUUAGAAGCAUCCUUGAACUAUAAAUUAGUCAUCAUAUUAUAAUAAUAAGCUUUUUUACACUAUUAUUGAGGGAUAGUUAAGUGUAGCAUGAAUUAGGUCUCAUAAUUUCCUAAAUGUGGGUUUUAUUUCUCUUUGAUAAUGUAGCAGCGUGGCUGGGAGAGUGGUCCUUUCUCUGUCACCACUUCAGUCUGUUGCCAGAGUCGCUCCCAGCAUGCUGCAGAGCCAGCGCCCUGGCCGUGGCCGUGGAGCCAGCGCCCUGGCUGGUGCUGCCAGUGUUGCUCUGUUAUAAAUCUUGUACCAAAGCAGCUUUAGAAAACCUUCCAGAUCAUUCGUCUGGCUGCUUCGAACUAGGAAUAGCAAUCUAGAUUUGAGAAAUGACAACUUUUUUUUUAGAUUAUUCAAGAACCAGCAUUAAGAAUAUCUAAUAAAAUUAAGUUUCAAAAUCUACAGGGUACAGUGAUUACAAAUCAGUCUUCAAAUAGAAUACAGUACAAAAUGUUAAUCACUUUAUUCUUGCUUAGGCUUCUUGGGAUUUGUUUGUUUUGAGACGAGGUCUUGCUGUGUAGUCCUGGCUGGCCUGGUACUCAUGGCAAUCCUCCAAGUUCUGGGAUUUCAGCCAUGCAUCACCACACCCACUUGUGUGGCUUUUCUCUGUGUACUUCACAUAGGUGAAAGCUCAUCAUGGGUCCAUGUGUAGAGCUUCCUGGGACUGAUAACAUUUUAAACUUUAUAAAAUUCCAAGAUGUUUGUGUGUAUGUUGCUGACUGCCUGUCCCAUUCAGUUGUACAUUUUUAGCAUUUGCUGAACUUCUCGGUGAUACCACGUUAGUCUCUGCAUGUCACUCAUGGAUAUCUGUGUUCACACCGUUGAAAUGAUUGGGAUUUUAUGAAAAUUUCUCAAUGACAUCAGGGCCUGCAUUUAUAUAUGAGCAUAUAUUUAUCUUUUAGUUUUGUGAUAUGUUUAUAUUUUUAAAGAGUAAAAUGAUCAUACUUUUUAAAAAGUAGGAACCAGUCUUUAUAUGGAGCUGCUUAUUGUUGUAUGUGAUUUCAUUAGCUCAUUGAAAACUCUGCCAUAAGUCUUAAAACAGUUUUACUAUUUUUUAAAAUGCUGUGUUGAACUGAAUUCCUUUCUCUGCUGAUUUCAGUGUUUCUCGAAAUGGUGGCAGGAUAUAUGUGUACUAGUGGUUGGUGCCUUUAGUGUAGAGAGGUAAAUGGUUGUUAUCAUCCUCUUCUAUGGUCAUGUGACUUUCUGUAACUUUGUUUUCCGUUGAUAGAAGUUGAGCUGUUUGUUAGUGCCCAGCACUCCCUCACAUGCAGUGGGACACUGGGCUGAGGCUCAUGUCAUUCUCAGUGUCCACCUUCACUGUCACAAACAUUCAUUGGAGACACAAGGGGAUGUUCAGUUAUGACAGUGCCAUGGUAACUCCUUCCAAGAGCCUCACUUACAUUUAUUCUACCAUUCACUUACUCCUGUGUGAUGGUUCCACCAUGGUGUAUAACUCUGUUCCCUGUUGAACACAGAGGAAGGAUUCCUUUUGAAAAUCCCCUGAGAGAUUUUAGUAAACACAGUGCCAUUGAACCUGUGAGAGUAUUUCUCUAAAAUUUGAGCACAAGCUAGUAGUUAUAUAUGGAGAGCCAGUAAGAAUAUUUGACCUUCCUUCAAAAAACAAAAAUUCUAAGGGUCAAGCUUGAAGGGAAAAUAAGAGAGGACUGCAUACCGGCAGAUAGGGAGUGACUACGUAUUUUCUGCCCCUCCCCCAUAGCUCUGUUGUCAAUGCAGGUCUGACAUCUGUGGAAACAUGCAACCUAAGGAAGAUGUGAGACAAGACUUACUAGCUGGAGAGCUAUGAGGACACAGAUCUGUGGACAUGUCUGGAGGGGUCUAGCAACAUAGUUGCUCUGCAACAUAGUGGUACUGUGGAACCAUAGAGUUUUCCCCUCUGGGAUGGAGUCUGAGCCCACCCUCAAGCUUCUAAAAUAUGCUCAGUCGGCUGUCCAACCUAAGAACUUUUGGUGGAAGUGGUAAAUUUUGGUCACAAAAGGAAAGAUUCCCCCAGACUCUGUUUUUCAUGUAACUAAAAGUUACUUGAUUAAAACUUCCUCUCCUCACUGGAAACUAUUACAAAUAUCCUUGUUCAAUAAGUCUUUUUUAAGCAAAUUAAGUUAAAGAUGGAUCCUUUCAGCCACUGUUUCUUUUCACAAUUCUGUGUGUUACCUGGUCACUACCUUAAUUUUAAAAUUUGGCAGAUAAAAUGCAUUAAUUGACUUAAACACUUUACAGACUAAAGGCUUAAACAUCGAAACCUCAGUUGCGUCAGAAAUUAUUUCCUCCGAAUCCCAGUUUCAAUUUAAGGUUGUCCUUUGCUGAGAAUGGUACCCCCCACCUCUAAUCCCCGCACUCUGGAUGCUACAGCAGGGCCGUGAAUUCAAGGCAAGCCUGGGCUAUGUAGACGCUGUCUAGAAAAAAGACCCUCCUUCCUUUUCAAAGCAGUAAGUAACGAACACUGAGGGUAUUCCCCUCCUUCCCUGAUGAGCAGAGUGAGGAGUAUUGAUGUCAUUUUCCCUGCUACUAUUUCCGUGACUGUGUGUUUAGACAGUUCUAGAUUCCUGGUUCUCGGGAGGAGACAGAGAGGGAGACCUGUAGGAUCUAAUAGUAUUUGCAGACUUCAGUGUACUUUUUUAAUCUUAAGGAAGUGAACUAUAGAGUCAUUUUAUUUACUCCCCUUCUGUGUGUCCAUUCUCUUUGUAUCAAAUAUUUUUUCAUAGUGGUUGUUUAGUUUCCACCUUAUAUGGCAGAACUCCAUGGCUCUCCACUGAAGGUAGCUCUCACACUCUUCUCUGCUAUAUUUCUUUGUACCAGCUUGCUUCCAGACUUAUCUUUUACUAUAGAAGAGAAUCUGUUAGAAAUUAUUAUGAGAGGUAUUCUGUAUCUUUUUUUAAAAAUCUGUCACCAAAAAAAUGAUCAUUUCUUUUUAGAGAUGGUGACAGGAUUGAAACCACAGUUCUUUGUGUGCAUUUCUAUGUUCCUUUGUUUGUUUGUUUGUUUGUUUGCAAUGAAAUGGUCUUUUUUGCAAGCACAUCCUUUGUUAGCAAAAAAAUAAAGCUUAAAUUUUUAGUGUUUUUCAGCCUGACAAUUCAUAUUCCCAUUAGACAUCCUCAUUUUCUGCCAGGCACAGUAAGAGGCAGCUAGAGGGGGACAGCGGCUCUCCAGUAACGGAGGAGCAGACAGGCAGGCCGGAGUUUGACUCUCACAUGCUGAGCUAGACAGCACUGGUCCUUUCUUUUGAGAGAGGGCAGGGGGGAGAGAGUUGAAGGGACAAGAAUAAACUUCCUGUUCCUCAGUGACUGGUCUCAAGUGCAGCUGGGGACGGAGACUGCUGGCCAGUAGACUAUCUAUAUAGCGAAAGCUGUAGAUAGAAGUUGAUUUUCCCACUACUCGGCCCAUCACUACCGAUUAGUGCGGCAGGUGGUGGUCUGUGUAGCUGCUUAGGGAUUAGAAGCCAAGUUUUCAUUCUGUUUCUCUCAAAAUGAUAGGGUGAGAAUGUGCCCCACAGCCUGCUCUAAGGGCUCACUCUGGCUCACUCAGGCUCAGUCUCUUCUCCCCUGUCCACCCAAUUCCUCUCCCCUCCUCCCUCUUGCUACAAAGCCCUUUGAGUUCUCCUGCCUCAACCUCCUAAAUUCUGAGAUUAGAGUAUGGCUAAUGCCCAGUGUGCUUUAAGCUCUAUUAAUCCUGCCUUGCCUUUAGUUACGUGUGUGUGUGUGUGUGUGUGUGUGUGUGUGUGUAUGUAUUUUCUUUUGUGUUUCAAGACAGGAAUUCUUUGUGUAGCCUUAGCUGUCCUAGAACUCACUCUGUAGAGCAGGGUGGCCUUGAACUCACAGAUAUCCUCCUGCCUCUGCUGCCCAAGUGCUGGGAUUAAGGGUAUAUGCCAAUACCACACAGCUAGAUUUUGUUUUUUAACAUUUUCUUUUUUGGGGGGGUGAGGGUUUAAAUAUCUUAUACUUCCAUUUUCCUAAACAAAUUACUUUGAGUGUUUUCAUUUAACUUUUGAGUAAUCAGUGGUGUGCUGUGUAUCAACAUGUUUAGCAUUUUCCUCAUUUAAGCUGUGAUUUCAUACGUAUCUAUCUUCCUUGGUUUCUUUCCUCAUGUAACUAUUUUGUAAGUAACUGGAAUUUUUCAUUAGAUCUUAGAGCAGUAUUUUAUUAAAAAUUCCAAAGGGAAGACUUCUUUGUGCUCAUUUUGUAAUUUUUAUUUUAAAUACCUUUACAUUGUAUGUCAAUUAUACUUAAAGUGUUUUAAACUUUCAUGGAAUGGACUCCAAAUGUAUUUUUAUGUUGUACAUUUGUAAAGACAGCACGAAGUUAGUCUCAAAGGGUUGUGCAAAGGGAUUUCAACUUGCAAACGUCACUGAAGUUCUGGGCAUGUACGUGUUAAAUGCGCUGUGCUUUUGAUUAAAGACGGAAUGGUGGCAGAAGUA